GCGAGCGGCCGCCCGCCCGCCCGGCUCCCGCACCUCACGACGGACGGCGGCGGCCGUCGCUGCGCGCCGCGGCGGCUCGAACGCCAAUGAGGGCCCGGACUCCGGCCCUCGCCGCCUCAGGAGCCGCCCGCAGCCUCCCGUCCCGACCCCCUGCCCGCCGCCCAGCCGGGGCGGGCGGCCCGGACCCAUGCGGCGGCUCCAGGAGAGGUUCAGGAGGUUCAUGAACCACCCAGCUCCAGCAAACAGCCGCUACAAACCCACUUGCUAUGAACAUGCUGCGAACUGUUACACACAUGCAUUCCUCAUUGUUCCUGCAAUUGUGGGCAGUGCCCUUCUCCACCGGCUCUCUGAUGAUCGAUGGGAAAAGAUAACAGCAUGGAUGUACGGCGUGGGGCUCUGUGCGCUCUUCAUUGUCUCCACAGUAUUUCAUAUCGUUUCCUGGAAAAAGAGUCACUUAAGGACGAUGGAGCAUUGCUUUCACAUGUGUGACAGAAUGAUGAUCUAUGUCUUCAUUGCAGCAUCAUAUGCACCAUGGUUAAAUCUACGUGAACUUGGACCUCUAGCAUCUCACAUGCGUUGGUUUAUCUGGCUGAUGGCUGCUGGAGGAACCAUUUAUGUAUUUCUCUACCAUGAAAAGUAUAAGAUCGUUGAACUCUUUUUCUAUCUAGCGAUGGGAUUUUCUCCUGCUCUGGUAGUGACAUCCAUGAGCAACACCGAUGGACUUCAGGAGGUUGCCUGGGGAGGCUUGAUCUAUUGUCUGGGUGUGGUGUUCUUCAAGAGCGAUGGAGUCAUCCCAUUUGCCCAUGCCAUCUGGCACAUAUUUGUGGCCACAGCAGCUGCUGUUCAUUACUAUGCCAUUUGGAAGUACCUUUACAGAAGUCCUGCAGACAUAAUUCGUCACUUAUGAGAUAUAUAUAUAUAUAUA